GUCAGUUCUUUCCCCCAUUGGGUCAGGCAGAACCACGACAGCAUUCUUUUGGUUUCGUUUUCUGACGUACGGCUACCCUUUCCGCGUUCUUCUCUGGAUAAAUAUGCGGUACCAAUAUAAUAUGACUCUUCGUUGGACUAUCUCUGUCAGCACCCCUUCUUUCUUCACCCCCACGACCAUCUUCAAGCAGAAUGGACGACAGAAAAAUCUUCAUCUUAGACGAUGACGACUACAAUCCUGGCACCAACAUUGACGUAAAAGGUAUCGGUGAGAUUUUAGAUCUUAGUUCAGACGACGACGUUCUGUCUACCAAAAUCGGAAAUGUUUUCAACCGGAAUGGUCCUGAAGAUGUAGAGACAAAAAAUGAACCAUUGAAGCGAGAGGCAAUCGAUCUCACCAUAAACGAUGAGCAUGCUCCAUUAAAUUUCAAGAAACCCAUGAAGCAAGAGUCAAUUGAUUUGACAGGGUUAGACUCCGAGUCGGAGUCGGAUGACGACGCGUCUAGAUCUGCAUGUCAAAACAUCUUCACGUCGCGGAACAAUGACAACGCCCUUGCUAAUUCAACUACCGCUGUCGACGUCACGCAUCUCUUUGAUUUUUCGUCGGCAAACUUCAUGCCAGGACCCGCGUAUAUGGAAGAUGAAGUCCCUCGCAGCAUAAUACCCUGUCCUACGCUGACUCCCCAAAGGCCAAACGCAGCAAGCGAGCGAAUAAAGAAAAUCAUGGUAGCGGAGAAGAAAACCCGGGGUGGAGGCAAGCUUAUCUCGAGCUCCUGAAGAAGUACACUUGUCUUCAGAGAGAACGCGACAUGCUCAAGGAGUCUCAUGAGCGCAUCCGGAUGGAGAAGAGAGUCGAGGGGGGAGAAGGGUCAUUAAGGUCACCUUCUCCCCCGACGCAUGUAACCAAGCUCAGAGCUUGGACAUGUGUCCAACAUCUACCGUUUGCUCUGUUGAACAUCUCUUUACCAGAUAUUUCUACACGUACAUAUUUUUAAUCUACAAGUUUAACGACGUAACGGAAUAGUAUUGUAUGUCAUGGUGCAGCAGUAGUCAUACUGUCGGGAUGCCGGGUUCGUGUGCUGCCAUAUAUUACCGCGAAUUCUAGAAUAGAGUAUAGGUAACCACAAAGACGAACGGAAAAC